UUCAAAGUUUAAUUUUUUUUAUUAAGAUAAAAAAUUAUAUAAAUGUUGACAUAUAUGACAUUUUUGUUUCUGAUACUACUAAAUCUUAUCAUUCCGCAGACUUGUUUUAUAAAUUGCAGGAGGUUUGUAUUUGCUCCAGCCUGUAGAGGUAUUACAGCCAAGCGCAGCCAGGUAUCAUUUAAGAACUGGAACAAGGAAAAGAAUCUAGAUUAUAAAAAGAAAUAUAAUCCGUAUCCAAUAGCUAUUGCAAUACCCUCUAACGAUUAUCAAGACUUCAAAGAUCUGGACUAUUUGCAAAAGAUACGGAUCGCUCAAAAUAUUAGAUAUUGGGAGAAUAAAAAAUGA